AUGCGAGUGCUCAGAAAAGGUGGGUACAAAAAUUUCGACCGAGUUCGAAAAGGAUACUCAAGAAGAGAAUCGGCGAACCUCCGAACAAAUGAUGACGAAGAUCCCGAACAGCAGCUCACUUUUGCCAAUGCGGCAGGAUCCUAUUUCGGGUCACAUUUCCUGAUGUGUGGAGGUCGGUUUGAUAUGGCCAAACCUGAAGCAUUUCUGUUUGGCGAAAAUAGCGAUUUGGACUUAUUGGGCAGUCGUUCUGUGCCGUUUCCAUAUGCCUCACCUCUCGGGAGCGAUGAAGUUCAUCCCUUGCAUUUGCUCAUCAACAUCAGGAAAGAAUCUGUGAAGUUUGUUAAAUUAAAGAGUGAAGAUGACUCGCAAAGUGAAUCAACUCUAUACCGAUUGGAGUUCACGUUAGAUGCCGAUUGCUCAUGUUUUGUACAAAUACAUUUUAAUGCACGAGAAAUUUAUCAGGACGGUGAAAUACAGUUCGCGUAUCGUAACAAGCGUGUCUCUUGUUCGGAUAGAUACCACUUUGACACCGGUUCUGACCAGACUUUCAACAACUUCAUCUUUGAUUCUGCCAAAUGGGAUUUGACUGAUCUUACCUACUCUGGAGGUUUGUACUUCCCUGUUGUCGUAGUGAUUCAGACGGAUGACGUGGAACGGGUGCAGAUGCAGAGUACCAUGUGCACUGUUGACGUGGCAAAUGAUAGUAGCCAUGCUCUCAUCCUCAAACCUCUGCGUCAGAAGAUUGCCUGUGAUGGAGUCAUCUACCUUCUUCAGGAAAUGUUCGGUAUCGAGAACAAGGAGAUGGCUGCUGAUGGUGCAGACGACGGAGGACUGGAAUGCAUCAUUUGCAUGAGCGAUGUCCGAGAUACCGUGAUCUUGCCUUGUCGUCAUUUAUGCAUAUGUAACAAUUGUGCUGACACGCUUAGAUACAAGUUAAACAACUGUCCAAUCUGUCGAUCUCCGUUUCGUGCCCUGAUACAGCUGCGAGCGCGAAGGCAGACUCGUAAUAUGGGCUACGAGACAGUCACGUUAGUCGAGGGAUUGAAUGGUCCAUUGAACCACCAAUCUUACACGAAUGCGGAACAAAACGUCAAGGAGCCUUUGGAGGUUCCUGCUGCCAAGAAGGGACAUACCAGAGAGCGCAGUCGCGCCAGCAAUGUAAUCAAACAGAUUGUUACAAUAGAUAAUGAGGAAUUGGAAGAGACUAGUGAAGGAAUUGAGAUGAAGAGGUACCUGCCUAAAGAUGAGGAGACCCCCGUCUUUUCAAACAAUUCAUCUCGAAGUACGAGUCCUCAAAGAUAUGCCACUCCCGAAGAAAGCGAGAUGGAGAUCACUAUGGAUAGCGUCAGAUCGUCGAUAACUAAGCGUUUGCAACCUGGAAGUGGGCACUCGUCCAAAGUGCUUCUGGAAAACGCUCGGGACGGACUUGAAAGGAAAAAGUCGACGAGUGGGUCCACUUAGCUUGGUCAAUUGUGAAAAUAUAUGCAUUUCUUCCUUUUAAAGUUCAAGUUUCCUAUUUUUGGUAUUCCUACUGUGUUCAAGCAUCAUUGCCAAUUAUCAUAUCUACGCAUUUACAUUCUAUGCUAUUUAUUGUCCCACAUGUCUUUGUUGCAUUACAGCCUCUUAAUUUUUCUGCCACCGCAGCUUCAUCCUUUCUAAUAGACGUAUGCUUUGCACCGAUCAAAUGCUAAAAGUAAACAGGGUAAGAGGUCCGAAGCAUAUGUUUUGCACAACUCAAAGUAGCUAUCAACCGGUGCUCGUUCAUUUAAUUCCAUCAUUUUUUGCAUGUUUCUCAGUUUCUAUACUCUAUCGGAUUAUCGUGUAUAUUGCCUACAGAAUUGCUCUAGCAUUCAUAUAAUGAUAACGUUGAAAUUUUCACUUACCCUCAAAAGGCUGGUUGUGAUACAUGAAAUUUCUUACUCUUGUUAGGUGUGCCUUUGUUUCGAGAUUACUUUAUCCCAGUAAUGCAUAAUUAGGUCUUUUAAUGUUCUGGUGAUGGGAAUGGUAUCUGUAUAAACUGAUGUAUAAAUAUAUAAAG